CGCCCACCCUUCACCCACCCCGUCAUAUGCGCCGCCGAGGUUCUCUCCCACCAACCCUACACGCCGCCGGUGCAGGUCCAGACUGUAUUGGGAAACAUCUGUAAAGGAGUUAAAACAGAAUCAUGGGGGACCAGCCAAAGUUCAAAUUAUUGCCCAAAAUUCUCAAUGGUGGUAUCGCAGGUAUUGUGGGAGUCACCUGUGUCUUCCCUCUCGACCUUGUUAAGACUCGGUUGCAGAAUCAACAGAUUGGUCCAAAUGGAGAACGCAUGUAUAAUUCCAUGCUUGACUGCUUCAAGAAGACAUAUCGUGUUGAGGGCUAUUUUGGAAUGUACCGAGGAUCAGGGGUCAAUAUCCUGCUUAUUACUCCCGAAAAGGCAAUCAAACUUACAGCUAAUGACUUUUUCCGACAUCAUUUGACCACAAAAGAAGGAAAACUCCCAGUCCAGCGUGAGAUGAUGGCAGGUGGUUUAGCUGGUCUUUGUCAGAUUGUAGUAACAACGCCUAUGGAACUCCUAAAGAUUCAGCUUCAGGAUGCAGGGAGAGUUGCUGCACAAGCUAAAGCAAGUGGCCAAACUGCAGACAUCCCCAAGAUUUCUGCAACUUCUAUCACCCUUAAAUUAUUACGCGAAAAAGGCAUUGUUGGCCUAUAUAGAGGGACAGCAGCUACUAUGUUACGAGAUGUGUCCUUCUCCGUUGUUUAUUUCCCACUCUUUGCUCACCUGAAUUCUCUUGGACCUCGAAAAGCUGAUGGCUCUGGUGAAGCUGUCUUCUGGUGUUCCUUCUUAGCUGGCUGUGCAUCAGGUUCUCUUGCAGCUUUGGCUGUAAAUCCCUUUGAUGUAGUGAAGACCAGACUGCAGUUGUUGUCCAAGGGUGCUGGUGAGACCCAGUAUCGAGGAAUAGCAGAUGCAAUUUUAAAGAUUGUGAAGAAUGAAGGACCAAAAGCUUUCUUCAAAGGGGGCGCUUGCAGGAUGAUUGUGAUUGCACCACUCUUUGGUAUUGCUCAAAUGGUGUAUUACUUUGGGGUCGGAGAAGCCAUCUUGGGCUACAAAAAGUGAAACGCUACAAGCUACAAGUAGUUCUUACUUUUUCCUUUUCUUUUUUGUAAUUUUCCAAUAUAUUUUUUUUCUUUUCUUUUCUUUAUCUCCUUGUUUUUUUCAUUUGUCUGUGUAAAUAUUUAUUAGAGAAGAUAUUUUUACAAGCUGAAUUAAGAAAAUGUAUAUGAGUAGUAGAUGAAUGAGAGUUUACAUAGCAAGAAAAUACCCUUGUCCCUUGAACAAUUUUCUGUUUCAUUCUCAUAUUUCUUUUUGCCUUUUUUGUUUAAGAACAAUGAAUUAAAAAGUAAAUAUUAUUCGCUUCUCUUGUGUUGAACCUGCUUUUAUAUAUACUUUAUAUUUUUUUAAUCAUUAAAAGUCUAGAAACUGACGAAUGCAUUUUGUUGGUACAUGCAGGUCUAAACUAAUGAUAAUAAGAUAAAGCUAGUAGUGUUGUGUCUUUGGGAAUAGAAUGAAUAAUGAAACAGGAGCACUGAUAAUUUGUCUUUUGUGUUCCUGUGGUCACAUGAGAUUUGUGUUGCCUUAGUGUUGGAGAGAUAAGAUUGCAGUCUUCCUCUAUUCAUCUAGAUAGCCUUAGGUGGAAUGUAAUAGCAUUCCAGGUCUUUUCGGCUUCCGAGAUUAGUCAGGUCAGACUUUAUCACAUGACACCAAACGCAAUUAAAAGAUGAAUAAAGUCACACAAAGUAUUAAUAAAAAAAAUUAAAUAACCACCUCUUGAAAGUAGCACCAUUUUGAUGUUCAUUAAAGAAAUGACAGUCAUUAUAAAGUCACAUAUGAUUAGACACUGGACAGGUGUAUGUUCUUAUUCAUAAUGUAUAUAUUUACCAGACAGAAAUAUAUUUAUCUUUACCCACCAAGUAUGCCUUGCAUAAGCACAAAAGCACUUACACUUCAACAAUCAUACAUGCCAUACAUGUAUUUGCCCUUGGGCACCAAAAGCUUGUUGCUUUCUAGAAGGAAAAAUAAUAUUAAAGAAAUGUACAUUAUUGAUCCUAAUCCUAAAAAAAUACUCUAUAAUGUAUUCUAAGGCAAAACAUUUAAAAGAAAACUACAGGAGGCAGCUGAAAUGGAGUUUAUACAUAGGGUAUUGCAAAAAAGUUAAUAGUGUGUAAAAGCUGCUUCAGUACGCAUGGAAUUGUUACUGAGUAAGAAAGUUGUUCUUUAAACACUAAAGGUCUAAAGAUGGGAAAUAUUUUGAUGCUUUAAGUAAAGCUCUCUCUUGAUUUUGCAAAGAACAAAUGCCUAUGACCAUUUUUCCUUGAUGUCAUUAAUAAAAGUAUUAUGUUAGGAAUGGCAGUUGUAAAUAGUUGAAAAAGAUUUGAAGAGCCAGUGAAUGUGAAGAUGGGUUUGAUGUAACAAAGGAGAAUGGUGGCUACAAAUGGGUGCAGUUUAGAAUAAGAAUCCAAGUUUCUCUGUUUGAACUCAAAUCUAAAGUACAUAGCACUGGAAAGCAGAUUCCUGUGUUAUAAUAAGUCUGUUCUGUAAUUAACCCAUUGGUGAAAGGUGACAUCCAGAUACCAGGUGACAGCUUAUCAUAUCAUGAACCUAUGUUCUGAUAGCCAGAAUAGGGUUUCACACACCUGAAUGUAAGCCUGACAAUCACUCAGGCACAGAAUGACAUACACUAACAUGCUUCUGUCCUUGCCAGACUCAACAUAAAAUUUUCCGAUCAUCAUUGGGUUAUAAGAAGAUAGGUAACAGUCUGCUGUUUGUUAUAUUUGGUUGUGAAUAUCCAUGUAGUGUGUAAAGUUUUCCAUGAAUUGUUUGUGUCCUUACUAAAAGUUUUAUAAUUUGUUGGAAUGAUGAAGGAAAAGUUGAGACAUUUAUUUGGGCAUAUUUUGUACACCUAAUUCAAAAGUUUUUUGUUAUGUCACAAAGAAUAUUCUUGACAGGUUUUAGCAUAUUCUUACAUUUAGUCAGUAUUUUACUGGAACAGCAUUUGUUGUCUAUGUCUAUUUUUUGUACAGUUGUUGUCAUAAAUGACUUAUGUAACUGUAAAAAGUGAGGGAAUAUGUGAAACAUUGUAUGAUUAUGCAGCAAAAAAAAGAAAAAAACAGUU